AUGUCUGAACGCGCCAACGUCUCAAGCGACCUCAUCUGGGAGGUCGUCCGAAACAACAACGCCUACCUGGUCAAGCGCCACACUUCCGGCGGUGUCCAGCUGUCUCGAGACCCAUUCAACCUUACCAACAAGCACUCCCGAAAGCAUGCGGGUUUCGUCAAUGACAAGGCUGUGUCGGUGCAGGUUAAUGAGAAGGGCGGCGUCACACUGUUGACCAAGAAGUCGGGCAAGCAACACAAGCCCAAGGAGCACUACAACACACACCCAUACAGCAAGACCACGUCGAACCAAAAGAUCUACAAGAACAUCGCAGAUUCAGUCGGCAAGAAAUCUUACCGUGGGGACCUGAACCAGAGUGCCGUUUCCCGCGCCAGUGCCCUCAAAGAUUCGCAGCGAACAAAGAAGGAUACCCCAGAGAAGAAAGCCCGUGGCUCGAAGGCGACCAAGCAGGAAGAGUAG